AUGUCAAGUUUCGGACGAUAUCCUCAGCGGGAUUUUAGUCCCGUUGAUACGUGUGAUGUUCGUUUCGAGUCACCGCGUUCAUCGCAUACGCGUUUGUUGGCAAAGCCUCAGCGGGAAGUUGAUGAAGAAAGAGGCCAUCAGUACGAGGAUCCUACGGGUCUCAGUGAUCAGGUUCGAGCACUACAGGCAGGAGAAAAAAACCGGCGAAAACGCUUUAAUGACCUUUAUGAACCUCAUGUUCCACUUAAAGAAUUGCAUGUUACCAGGAAAAGAGACAUGUCAGACUCGUCUGAUUAUUCUGACUCCUACUCGAGGGAAUCGUGUUUGAAUCGAUGCGUUUUAUUUUUCGUUCUUCUGACUUCGGUCACAGCUUUGAUAUUAGUGGUUCUUAUGAUGCUGGGCAAGGUUGGGCCGGCUGUGGAAAGAUGUGCGUGUGUGAACACGGAACAAGGAAGCUAUAAUAAAAAAGGUUUGUAUAAUCUUUUAUUUACGAAAAGCCACGCGGUCGGCGUUUUACAAAUACAUGAAUAUUUCAGCUUCGUAAUCCUCAAAAAAUUUUCACUUUAUUAUCGAUUGGUUCGAGUUUUAAACAACGUCUUUCGCGAGUCCGAUCACACCGCACCAUGGUUCGACUAUUGAAUAAUUAAUAUAAUGCCUGGACUAGAUACUUUGAAUUACAUUGAGCCCUCAGGGUAACCAUAGAAAUUUAAAAAGCAAAUUAUCAGUCAUUCUAUAAGGAUGCUAAACAUUUCACAUUACUUUAUUUAAGAAAUUGUCGUUGAAUAUAAAUAAUUGAGUCCUUAAAUUCUCUAUUAUAACAUACUAUUCUACCUACUUAUAUCCUAGCCGGCUAGUAUGAGCACGGCCAUAACAGAAAGAACAUCAAAAAUGCCUAAAAAUAUUAUUUGAACGUAAACAAAAGACGACAUUUGCAGUUCAAAUAUUUAGACACAUAUUCUUCGUUUGUUUUAGUAUAUAAAGAUGUUUAAUUAACUGAAGUUCUUUACUAUCAAAAACGUUUACACUGAUUUCAAAAGUAGAGAUGAUCUUCUCUCUCAUUAGCAUUUUGUUUGAUUUUCUUAAGUACAAUAUAUGACUGGAAUGAGAUCGUAGGUUGGGAUUUUUAAAACUUUAAACAUUGUUGUCUUGUUUCCUGCUAUAUUAGACUUGCGUAUUGAGGGCCGCGUUUUAUUAUAAAAAGUGCAUGCGUUGUUAGUACGCAAACUGUGCUACCAAGUGAGCACGUUCUCCAUGAAAUAGCAUUUGCGGCGCGGCAAAAAUGCGCAGUGUAUCCUUCCUUUUUGUUAAUACAAAGAGAGUUUCGUCCACCCCAAUAUUGUUUGAACAGUUUAUGCGUAGGUGCUUUAAGAAAGUAGGUGAAUUAAUCAAAGAUCAAAUGGAAAAUUUUAACGAGGAAGAAAGGGAUACUUUGUCUAUACCUAUCCCGGGACAGUUGCAGUUCUUUAUGCACAUUUGAUUAUAUUUGUAUGUUAAUUUGCGCAAUAUAAAUGAUAAGUAUUAUUAUUAUUAUUAUUAUUAUUAUUAUUAUUAUUAUUAUUAUUAUUAUUAUUAUUAUAUUUUGACGCACACAAAAUGGACUUGGUCAUGUGUUGCGAGAUAUUGUGCUAAAGUUCAUUGUGUUUGUCAGUCUUGUCAACCGUGGGCUUCCAAAACCCAGUUCCUACGUCCUUAUUGUAUAAAGACCUCACGAUCUGACAACUGCGGCUACAUGAUCAACGAAAUCGUCACUGAAAAACUGUUUACGCGCCCUUGCAAUCUUGUUUCGCAGUUAGCGCAAGAAGCCCUGUUUAUAAAACUCGGGGAAUAGCCCAUUUGCACAAUGACGUUAUUUUACUGCUGCGACCAGAAUCCUUUUCGUUUUUGCUUUCAUAUUUUAAUUUUGUAAUCCCAGUGAGGUUUCGAUAACAAAAACCCUAGUUUGCACAGGAAAGCAAAGUUCUGAAGGAUUCUGGUCGUAGUAGUAAAAUGACGUCAUCAUGCAAAUGGCUUGUCAAUUAGGCUAGAGUUGUAGAGGACGUAGAGAGGAGACUGCGUCUGAGCCCCCAGGGAGUUACUCCGGGAAUUCUAGGUCGGGGUGUGCCGCCCGGUUUUCCUGUAAAAUCCAUACCUGGUUUUAAGACCUGGCAUCUAAGUAAGUAUGACAUCAUUACUUAGAUUAGAACAGCAACAAAAAAAUUCGUAGAUUCCAUAUCGCAUAUCUCUCUUUUUUCCACAUUUGGAAUUGAAACGAUAAAUACGUUCAUUCACUCCCGUAGUUCUCUCCAAAACCAUACUCGAUUCCAGACAAAAAUGGGCAAAGCCUAGAACCCGUUUUCAGACCAAAACGGCGUAAAAACCACACCCUUUGGCUUUGGUUGGCGGCGCAUACCUAUAUGCCUUAUAUAAGGGAGUACCACCAGCGGGUCUGAGCUCAGAUAGAUAUAGAAAAAUGUGUCGGUUUGCUGCUCACGUUCUCAAGAAUAUUUGAAAUUUGGUCGUUUCACUUCAAGGUUGUACAGGGAAGGCCAAUACAUUUUGCAGAACUAAUGGGUGCACGUGCCGCGAGAGUCGAUCACGGUUUACUUAUUGUUUGUUGCCGUUUUUGCACUAAAGAAAUACCAGUGAGGCUUAUCAAAAAUAAUUUUUCCCUUUUGUUGUGGUAAAAAUUGCUUUGUUAAUUUUUGUCGUGACAUUGUUGUCACUGUUUGACUCCUCAUGAUCAUAACAUCUGAGAACAUUCUCUUUACAAAUUUUGACGGGAUGUUGUGACUAAAAUAAUCUCAACAAAUCUUCUGUACAGUUGACUCUCUUUUACGGACGCCUCUAUAAGUUGGACACCUUGUUAAAAAGGACACCUAACUUUAGUCCUUGCCAUUCUUUGCUCUAUAACAGACAUUCCUAGUUACUCUUCCAAAGGUGAGAGAGUUUAUUGUUUUGUGGUCUAUUAUUUCAGUAGCCACAGCUCCUUCUGGGCAACAAUUAAGUGGUUCUCAGACUACGGUUCAACCAGGCAAUGUUGCGUUUUCACCGCCUGAUGUCUCGUCACUCGAGAACAAAAUCAAUGAACUGAAGGCGAACCUUUCGUGGAUCAAAGCAUUUAUGGUAAGUGUCAAGUUCGUUCACUAUUAGUUGAAAGUAUCUUGACGAGCCUCUCGACCAAUUACCUUUCUGAAAAUUCCCGAGUUACUUGUUCAUGAUUACCACCACCACCACCAUCGUCACAUCAUCAUCAUCAUCACCAUCACCAACACCAUCAAUUAUGAUCAUCAUCAUCAUGAUCAUGAUGAUGGGCUCCGGUAAGCUCCUACCCAUGAGGCUAUUGGGAAGGAGUCUUGUCUCAAAAACGACCAUCUUCUAGAUGAUACCAAUAAUUUUUUGGAACCACUCAAUUUAUCCUUGCAUGUUUUAGUUGCAGACUACUUGUGAAAUGCCGUUCAAUGAAUAUUAGUAAUCCCUGGAAUUACUUCUUCCUUCUAAAUCUCAUGAUUUAAAUCCAACAGAACAACCUACAUCAAGACAUACAAGGAACCAGAGGUGAUCUAACUGACACAAACAGAGACAUUAAUGGCACAAACGUUAAACUGUUACAAAUACAGAGUGGAACACAGGACUCCAUUAACAUGGUAAGUAAGUUAUCUUUGACUGCAUCCAAAUGAGGAGGGUUAAGCAUAAGAAUUAUGAUUUAUUUCUAUGAAGUCUUUUGUUAAGAUAUACAAUUGUACAGAUCUCUAUGUUUUAGAUGUAUUGCAUUUUUAAAAAAUUAAGUACAAAACCAUCGACAUUAAGUGAACUACAUGUUUUCGUUCCAAGAAAAUUUGCUUAAGAUCUUUAGAACUCUUUCCAGGGAUUCAAGUGCCUAUGACGGUGCUGUGUGUAACGUUGUUUCGGAAAUAAUUUUGAGUUUAACUGUUUUAAAUGUUAAAAACUAGCUGUAAGUAGCGGCAAAGCGCAGUUCAUUUUCGUGGCCGCAUAGUAAUUGUCACACCUUAUUUUAUAGAUUCAGAAUAUCAGUCAGAGGCUUGAUGCAUCUGUGAGUGCUCUUAAUGUCAGUUUCUUUGGAGAGUUGAGUGAAGUGAAGACAAGUUUUGACUCAAAGGCAAGUGCUUGUAAAAUUAUUUUUUUAUAUGCUGGUGUCCGAUUCCAUGGCACGUAAACUAUCUGAAUAUAGUGCACGAUAUUAACUAAAGACAGUCUAAAAAAUCCAGACGGUUAUUUUACUUUAUGUCUACAUCCACAUCUACAUUAAUUUUCGUCGGUAAGGUAGUUAGACAUCACACCAUAGGCUUAAUUCAUUAGUAAUUAUUUCACUGAUACGCCGUGUCGGUUCUACGCGUAUACGGUAUCGCACAUGCUAAAGCGUGCUAAUGGAAUGUGUUAUUUCAUAAUUCUUCAUAACUUAAAAGUUGAUUUUCAAUAGUUUACCUUAUCUAAUUAGUCUCGCUUUUGUAAACGUGUUUUUCGCCCUAGUGGGGGUGGGGGGGGGUAGUCCCUUAUAUAGGUUGUGUAAAGGCAAGUACACGGUAGCUGGAGUAAACAUUAAAAGGAAAAACGUCUUAUCGCCAAAUGACGAACAAGUGGCUAGUUCUUCUCAAAAACAUACCCAAUUCAAGACUAGAGUGCACAAACCAUACCCUAUUUCAGACCAAAACGGCUAAAAAACCAUACCUCUGGCACGGCCCAUACCUAACAGCUUGUCACGCGCUCCGGUCACGCGCCGGGCUCCAGGGCUUCAGGUCUGAAAUAGGGUAUCAAAUUUUUGAUCAGGUCUGAAGUUGGGUAGGUAAGAUCGCAGAUUUUGGUCUGCAAUAGGGUAAGGGUUUCUUGAAGCGUGCAGCCCACCCCCGCCCAAUUUUUCUGGAAGUACCCCCGGAAUUUUUGGUCGAAUUUUGGGGCUCAAAAGGCAGGUCAUUGUGCCAGGCGUUCCUUGCGGAGACCGUGGAAACUGGGACUAAGAAUCGUUGCAUGAUCAAAGCCACGCACGUUUUGCGAAGAAAGCUCAAUAAAGUUUUCGUGUAUUAUACACGCAUAUAGCCUGUUACUGGAGAGGUAUUUCUGGUCGUUGCUAACACGCGUACUAAAUAAAUUCAGAAACAAAUAAAAAGUAUCGACGUCGAUGAAGUAGAAAGUAAAAAACCUUUAGGGAGUAAGUCAUGUUUCUUGUAGCAUUAAUCGUCUCCUCGUUUCUCCAUCUAAUCUCCAAGCAGGCGAGACGGAAUGCCGCUGUAAGCGUUCUCUUGUUGAAAAAGAACGACAUCUUUUAUCCGAUCUUCCAGCCUCGUCCCCAGGGCGCUUGUCCCUGGCCCACCUCAUACAAAGCCAGGGACAAGCGCCCUGGGGACGAGUUUGCCGAUCUUCAGCAGAAUUCAUCCUCUAUUUUCGCUCUCCUGUGGGUAGAUACCAACACAUUGUUGAUUUACUAACUUUGUCGUUACAUAUUUUAUUUUACAGUUAAAUAGCACUGCUCAAAACCUCUUAAAUGCUGACAAUUCGCUUCAAACACUUCUUAACACAAUCAACAGUUCUCUGAGCGCUCAGGUAAUUUUUUUUGUUGCCGGAUCAAUGUUCACAUUAAUCGUAAACCUUUUAAUAGACUAAAAAAUUCACACUCUUGUUAGGUUAAAUGUUACCAGAAUAUUUUGCUUUACUGGUUGUAUCUGAUUAAAAUAAAAAAUGCAUAAUGCAUUUAUCAUGAAUUAAUUUUCUAGGUCCAAAGUAUAAGCAAGUUGCAGGGCCCCACAGGGCCACCAGGUGUUAAUGGAUCAAAAGGUGACACAGGUCCUGUAGGAUCCUUAGGACCACAGGGAGACCGAGGUGUUCAAGGGGACAAAGGAGAUCCUGGGAUCAAAGGCGAUCGGGGAUUUAAUAGUACCGACGGUGCUGCCGGGCUAAAAGGUGAUACAGGCCCUCAGGGUGACAAAGGAGAUCCUGGGCCUCAAGGACCUCAAGGAAGUAAAGGAGAAAUAGGACCACAGGGAGCACAAGGAGCAGGAAACUUCAGCCAGUGUAGUUAUAAAGAGGAACAAGGAACUCCGGUUUCACCCGGUAGUGUGGCAAGUGCUGAAGCUGAAGUUUUUGAGACAGCGGUUAGUCAUUUCAUUUCUUUUACCAUUUCAAGUACAUUUAGCAUUUGCAAAUUGUGUAGCGUUAAAGACUAUGAGUUGUUCCUUAUUUCAUCUGGAAUAAUAGAGCGAAUAAUGAUUCGCAAGCGUACAUGAAAAAUGACUUGGAAGGUAACAGGCAGGGAGAAGUGUCUGUCUUCUCUCUAGACUGCGAGCAGUCUCUUUUUUUCUUCAGAUUUAGUAAGUAGAGUGCACGCGCGCGCGAGCAUUGAGCGGCGAAGCCGCGCGCCUCUCCUGUCUCAAGCCUUCAGUCACGCGCGUGGUCAUUUGCGUGUCUCGGGCGUUUUGCUCGACGGACCAAGAAAAAAGAGAGACAGCUCGUAGUCUAUCUUCUCUCCCGCGCGACGCCUUUCUUUUGUGGUUGGGGAUUUUCACGGGCUGUCGCGUAUUUAGCUCGCUAUGCCAUGUCUGAAAAAUUCCCUAAGCAUAGCUGUUACAUAUAUCCCAAUAUCGAAUACUCAAAUGUGAAUGCCAGCAAACAAAACUAAUUGACGUAAUCUUAAUGUUGUCUUAAGUAAUUAAUCUCGGCGCAUGUGUAACGACUAUUACCUGACAAAAACAGCAAGGUUAUAUGUUAAAGCUAUUUACUCAAUUAUGAAUUCAUUGAAAAUAUUAAAAGUUUGAGGUCACAGCUUAAGUUUUAGUUGUAGUAGCAUUCUAAUGUGUAUAUGUGAAAAAAAAGGGCAGACUGACAGGUGGAGUCACAAUGUUGUACUUUAAGUGAAGUUUAUGUGACGCACAUUUUAUAUUGUAAUCAACUCUCGUAAAUUUUGUUAUUAUUAUUAUUGUUGUUGUUGUUUGAAUAAUCACAUUUUCUCCUGUACUUUUCUUUCUUGAUGUGUAGGGCAAGAAAAUUCUGGGCGUUUCCUGCUCUACAAACAACGCUAAAGAGUACAAUCUAGAAAGAGUACCAGUUGGACAACAAUACAAGUAUGUGUGCACUUGCAGGGGUAAAUCAUCCUUAUUUCGGGCCAGUUCAAUGUGGUGCAAAGUUCACUACUGGGAAUGCCCUCCAACUACAUAG